AUGCGCGUUCUGAACCUCAACUUCUUUUCUUGCGCCGUCAAGACCUGCAAGGUUUCCAACGAUUCCUUCCCCCUCCACCCGAGGGAUGUGGAACUUGCGCAAGACGACGAUGCCCAGUACAGGCCCGAGAUCCUCCAGGGCCUUCUCCCCCGGCUUGACUGGGCUGCUCUGCGAGUAACCUGCACCGAGCUGGGUUUCCCUGAGCUCCCCGAGAACACACCCACCCUCGAGGCCCUUCAGAGCGACGAGAAGCUUGCCGCGGACUUGCAUCGCCUACUCAUGGAAACGCACAUCGUCGAGGGAAAGCUCGCUUGCGCCAGCUGUGGACGGGAGUAUCCCAUCCGAGAAGGGAUUCCCAAUUUUCUCCUCCCGAGCCAUUUGGUAUAA